AUGGCCAACAGCGGCAGAGAGCACAAGCGUGGCGUUCCACGUCCACCACCAUUGUCGCUCUUCAUCGGUAGGGAACAAGAGGUCUCCAUGACCGCGCAGGCACCUGUGACGCGGACAAACCCGGCCGCCGCCGGCAACAACAAGAAGAGGAUGCUGUCCAAGCAGCUGUCCAUGAAGGAGACCACCAGGGAGGUCAAGUGGGAGAAGCGCCGGCGGCAGAUUCAGCGGCAGAGAAGCAGCAUGGGCAUGUACGACGCUGACCGCGAGGCCAGCGCCAGCAUGAACGCCAUCGGCAACGGCGUGACCGACGAGGACCUUGACGAACUGAAGGGAUCUAUGGAGCUUGGGUUCGGGUUCAACGAGGAGAACGGCGGGCAGAACCUCUGCGACACGCUCCCCGCCCUUGACCUGUAUUUCGCCGUCAACCGGCAACUCUCAGAGCCCAAGAUGCGGGUGUGCAGCCGCUCGUUGCCAUCCCUUUCCAUGGCGAGAUCCUCAUCUUCCACACAGUCGAGCCCGGGCGGUAGUCCUAUGGCGCAGCACUCUCUCCUUGACUCGCUGAAAAUUUCCAGUCCAGGCGACAACCCUCAGCUUAUCAAGACAAGGCUUAGGCAAUGGGCUCAGGUAGUUGCUUGUUCUGUGAAGCACUCUAGCUGAAAACCGCUGCAACUGACUACUCUUCCUGAAGAACCGUUGUUGUACCGAUUGUUUCGAUAGCUGGCGAGUGAGAGGACAUGACCGGUGCUACCUAUUAACACAACGUCGUAACCUUGUUGCUCUGGUGA